AUGGAGGAAGUAGAGCUAAUAGAGUCUUUGAAAACUCUCCAAACUGCUGAAGAGACAAGGUUAGAUACGGCAACGUCAUCAUCUUGUAGCCCAGCCAAUCCCGCCGACGUAAACCGACCUGCCUGGGCGCUUGACUUGGCAAAGAGCCCAUUCCUUAUAGACAAGUUCGAGCAACUGGAAGUAGCGGUAACCGAAUACAAUGCCGCGGCCUCUCAACAGAAACGCGACAUUGUGGCCAAGCACGGCUGCGAACUCAAGGAUGUUCUGCUUCAGGCGAAUGCCUUGCAGGAGGCUUUUAAUGUCAAAGAGGAGAACAGGAGCCUUGGCAGCAACAUCCAGGCUGGUUUACAACAAUUUUGCAAAUCUACUCUUCACUAUGCAGCAGUAAUGGACGCAUUGGCACAGCAUCACCCCGAAUGGGUCAGCCUCGCUUGGGGAACAAUGAAAUUAUUGCUGAUGAUUCCAAUUGAGUAUCAAAAGGUCAAAGAGGGCAUCGUCGCCAAUCUUGGUCGUAUAGGCAGCAAACUUGAGCUGGUGAGCCUUCUCCUGUCAUUCUAUUCAUUCGAGAGGAUGACGGGUGCUGCAUCGGCAAUUUACGCUUCCAUCGCAGAUUUCCUGGGAUUCUGUGUGCGGUAUCUGCGUAGCAACUGCUUGGUAAAAACCUUGAAAACGAUAGUCACACCUUUUGACACCAGACUUGGUCCCAUUCUCAAGACCAUUGACGAGAAUUAUGCCAUUUUGAGGCUAGAGGCCGAGGUCCAGUUCAUGAUAUAUCAGUUCGAGAGACAGUGUAGUCUGCAGAGGGAUAUGGUCGAAGUAAAAGAAGAUCAUGGGCGCAUUAUUGGCGUGCUAGAAGAAAUCAUUCGUAGGGAUGACAUCAGUCGGAAAAGAAGAGUUCAGGCAAUUGAUGCAUCUCAAAGUCUCGACCAGACGCUACUCAAACCGCCCAGGCUUGAAAUAUGCGAAGACUUCUUUCAAGACCUACUUCCACUGGACUGCGAUCUCCACCAAAUUGACCUUGAAAUGGAUAUGCUGCCGAUGUCUGAGCUGUCUGAGAGCGUCAACGUCCUUCGCCUUCCGUCGUUUCAGACAUGGCUAAGCAGCAAAGUCUCUGGCCUUUUGUGGGUGGACGGGUAUGGAAUUCCUCGCCGCCCUAGUUGGACGACAGACCUAUCUCUCAAGAUUGUGCGGGCGGCCACGGAGAGCAGCUACGACACGCUGUCAUAUUUUGGGAGUCUGCGUCGCGGUAGAGUCGACGACGCACCGAAGCCACGCGCUCUCGUACAGAGCCUCCUGUUCAGCAUGCUCCAGAAGUUCCCGGCAGUGACUUCGCAUGGCGACCCGGAGCUCUUCAAUGCCGAGAUCUUCGUCGCCGCCAAGACGGACUUGGAUCUCUCGUGGAGGAUCUUUGUGGAAUGCCUGCGCGUCCUCCCCUCUUCGAUCAUUUACAUCGUUAUCGAGGGUGUCGACCAUGUCAAUAUGAUUGGGGAUGAGAAAGGGGACUUCGAGUCUUUGUUGGGGCGCCUCAGCAACAUCUCGACCGAGCUUCUUAAUGAGAAAGUCGUCAAAGUGGCCCUGACGUCAGUUCGACCAAACGCAGGAUACCAGCACUUAUUCCCCAGCCUUGAUGGACUCGAAGUUACCUAUGAACACAACCUUCUCAUACGCGUACCAGCCGCGGCGGCACGAAGGCGCAAAACCCGAUCGAAAUUGCAGAAAAGAAAAUCACCCACCCUUCAUUCUCCAGGUUUAAUGAUGAACAAAGCACCGACUGAUAUGGCCAGCGACUUUGCCCCUUCUGACUCGGGCGGAGAUGGGGACGGCACCAUAAGCGACUCAAGCUCCGAUUUCGACAUCUUUGGUAAACGCAAAGGGACUGCGGGAAGGGCUGGCGCUCCGAGGUACUCUUGGUCCGGGCCGGCUUCUGGAAGCAAUCGGUCAGAAAUUGUACAACUCGAUGACACUGAGACAAUGCUGAGGUCGACGACAAAGGAAAUUGCCGAUGACUCUGAUAGCUCAUUCGACAUAUUCGAGACGCACACAGAGUUGCCCAAGGAAACACAAGCUAGCGGAGAAGACUUGUCAGAUUUUGCGCCUUAG